AUGUCGCGAAAAAGUAAGGUCUUGGAACUGGCUGCCAUGGUUGCAGAUGCGCCCUUGGCCACACGUGAUCGGCGAGCUCCGAGUUUGCCGCGCUGCACCUCCGCGCUGCGGUCGAUGGCAGGAGCUCGAGAGUGGCAAAAUGCCACAGCUUUCUUGGAGGAGAUGUGGCGUCAGGGUCCGCGACCUGACGCAACCUGCCUGAAUGCUGGCAUUGGUGCGUGUGCUCGUGCUGCAGCCUGGCAGCCGGCCCUGGCUUUGUUGGAGUCAAUGCCGGUGGCAGGCCUGGAAAGGAAUGUCAUCAGCUUCAAUACCACCAUGACAGCUUGUGCCCGAGCUCGUCAUUGGCAGGUGAGCUUGGAGCUGCUGGGGAAGAUGGAAGAGAGUAGCAUCCAAUCCAGUGCUGCGACUCUAGGAGCUGCUGUUUCAGCCUGCGAGCGCGGCACGCACUGGACAGGUGCCAUACACCUGCUGCAGGAAGCUUGGCGCAAGGGGCCCUUGCCCAAUGUGCUGGCACUGAGUGCUGCUAUGAACGCCUGUGGCCAGGGCCAGCGCUGGGACCUGAGUCUUCAACUACUUGGAGAAGCCCAGGGGCACAGCAUUGAAGCGGAUGGAAUCACCUACAACUGUGCGGUUGGGGCUUGCGCAAGAGCAAGAAGGUGGGAAGAGACAUUGGUGCUGCUGUCCGACAUGCGAAGUCGCGACCUUGUCCCAGACUAUGUCACACACAAGUUGGUGAACACUGCUGUGGCUGACAAAGAUGUCUCAGCUGCAGUGUCAGAGUUACUGAAGCCGGACCAGAUUCAGGAAAGAUCGCCUUUGCAGUCCAAAGGGCUGAUGGCAGACAGAAACGAACUUGAUGGCAGGGUGUAUGGCCAUCGGCCAAUCCUGUGUGAUGAGGUGGUUGAGGCUUUGCAGCCAAGUGCGCCCUCACCUGUCCUGGUGGAUGCCACCUUUGGCCGCGGAGGGCACACCAGGAGACUGCUGGAAGUGCCAGGGGCCACUGUCUUUGCCCUUGAUGUGGACCCCACGGCCAUUUCGGAGGCAAAGCGACUAGCCUCGCAAGAGCCACGGCUGGUUCCUGUGCAUGCAGCAUUUGGAGAUCUUCAAGAGGCACUUCCUCCUGGCACCCGUCUCCAUGCGCUUCUUGCGGAUCUUGGGGUUUCGUCCCCCCAAUUGGACCAGAAGCACCGCGGAUUCUCACCCAUUGAGGACGGGCCUUUGGAUAUGCGCAUGAAUCCAGAUGUCGGAAUACCCGCGUCUGAAUGGUUAGAAACAGUGAGUCCGGAGGAACUCGCAUGGGUGAUCCAUACCUAUGGAGAGGAUCGAGAUGCCUUCCUGGCAGCGCGCCUGGCAGAGGCCAUUUGUGCCAAGCGACCCUUCCAUCGAACCAAAGAGUUGGCGGAGGUCGUAGCAGAAGUGAAGGAACAGACCUUGGGCAGCAACCCAUUUCAACAGCCGGCGAGGCUGACGUUCCAGGCUGUUCGUUCACACUUGAACCAGGAACUGCAACAGCUGGAGAAGCUCCUGUCCGCAGCAUUUCAGCUGCUGGAGCUGGGUGGCCGGGCCAUCAUCAUUUGCUUCAAGGCCUCUGAGGUCUCCACUGUAAGACGCUGGCUGCGGCAGAAUGAGGACUGCAAAGCAACAGUGGUGGAAGGAUGGGCAGAGGAACGAAUCCUUGCGCUAUACCCAUUGCUGCAGAGAAGCCACGAGGAGCAGCCUUGGUGUGCCAUAGAGGUUCAGGAGCCCUUGAAACCCUCCGAGGCAGAAGUCCAGGCCAACACCCGCGCCCGAUCAGCUCGGGCGUUAGUCUUGGAGAAGCGGAGUCGGAGCAGGGGCCCUAGUGGCAUGCCUUGCGGUGGUGCCGCUGUGCUUUGUACCGUCUGUCCCAAGGAGGUGGAACUCAACCUCGCGGCUUUACAGGUGCUUGGCAUAUUGGCAUAUUGGAUGAUUAUUGACCGCAGGCGGGCUGAACCAGAAGGCCAAGCCUCUUCCGACAUUCCUGGCGAUGCUGGAGAGGCUGAUAGGGCUUGGUGGAAUGAUCCCAGCACAGCUUCAUUGGUGGAGAAGUUGCAGGUAGAAGAAACCACAGAUGCCUUGACCAAAUUAAGGAGGCAAAUGACCCUAGAGGAGCAAGCCUUUGACCAAGAAAUCGAGGAUGUGGUGAUUGCAGGCAAAAGAGCUUUGCUGAAGCUCCGAAUGCAGCGAGCUGUGGAAAUGCCUGGGAUGAAGACCCACAUGUUCAAAAAGAUCAGAAAGCAGAUUGCCAGGGCUUUGUCUUUGAGGCGCCAGCGCGAGAUCGCGCGCGGCAUCACCCAAGAGCAGAGCCGACGCAUGCGACGGCGCAAGCGCUUAGAGCUGAAGGUGAAGUACGAGGAUGCUUAUGGUGGUGAGCGCAAAGGUCCAAAGUCCCGCCGUUGGCUUCGCCGCAUGGGCAGAAUCGUCUGA